UAAAUGCAUUACUUCGAUGGCAUGGUAAACACAGAGCCAUUGAAAACUAAACAUGAGUUAACAAUAGUAAACUGAGAUCAUUCACAUUUUCAUGUUUUUGUCCAUCACAACCUUUCGCUCUAGACUUGACUCUGAAAUUCAAAUAACUUACUGAUAAAUAAUACUGUCGUAUCGGGUGCAAAUUGGGUAUCCUGAUUUUGAUAGCUGUAUAGUAAAAUAUGAAAUGAUAAGGACUUGGAGAUAUCAGAGAUACGGAGAUUAGGGAAUUUUGAACAUUUUGGGAAUCUUCUGGAGUAAAUAGACAAGAUAUUUGUUGUGCUUCUCCCAAUAACAUGCAAGAUCAAGAUCGCUCCUUAUUGCUAACCGAAAAUAACCAAGCUAACUAUGGGACACUUCAGAGGCCAUCAGUCGGUAGCACGAAAACAAUUAUAUAUUGUGUUCAUGGAAAUCCAAGUACAGGAUGUUGCAAAGUAUUACAGAGUGAAGUAAUGAAUUUAGAUUCUACUGUAGCUGUAGACAACUUGAACACAAAUACUAAAGAAAAUUAUCAUACGACAGAGUUACUUAAAAAACACUGUCAUCGAGAUUAUGAAUCAGGAAUUGAUAAAAAAGCAAGAAAUAGACUUCUUGUGGCCAGUGCAUUAUGUUUAGUAUUUAUGUUAGCAGAAAUUAUAGGGGGAUAUUUAUCGAAUAGUUUAGCUAUAGCAUCGGAUGCAGCACAUUUAUUAACUGAUUUCGCCAGUUUUAUGAUAUCCCUAUUUUCAUUAUGGGUUGCAAGUAGACCAUCAACGAAGAGUAUGCACUUCGGAUGGUAUAGAGCUGAAGUGAUAGGAGCGUUAACGUCAGUACUCAUGAUAUGGGUGGUGACAGCAAUUUUAGUGUACAUAGCUUUUCUAAGACUGAUUAAUAACGAUUUCGAAAUAGACACGAAAAUUAUGUUAAUUACAUCAGGUCUUGGAGUAGUGGUUAAUCUGAUUAUGGGCUUAAGUCUGCAUGACCAUGGUCACGGUCACAGUCACUCAGGAAACCAUAGUCACAAAACCAAUCCAGAUGAUGAUAAGAAACAGAACAUAAAUGUCCGUGCUGCCCUUAUCCAUGUCAUUGGAGAUUUCUUACAAAGUCUGGGUGUAUUUAUAGCAGCUAUAGUAAUAUUCUUCAAGGAGGAAUGGAAAAUUAUGGAUCCCAUAUGCACAUUCUUAUUCUCUAUACUGGUGGUAAUAACAACUUUCAACAUUAUAAAAGAUGUAAUAGUGGUCCUUAUGGAAGGUGCACCAAGAGGAAUCGAUUUCAAGGAAGUGAUUAACACAUUGAUGGAUACUCCUGGUGUUAAAAGGGUUCAUAAUGUGAGGAUAUGGGCUUUGAGUUUGGAUAAGAUUGCUAUGUCUGCACAUAUAGCCAUAAAUCAAGGUACUGAUCCACAAACAAUAUUAAUGACAACAACAAAAAAUAUUCAGGACAGGUAUAAUUUUUUCGAAAUGACCUUACAAAUCGAAGAAUUUCAAGAAAUCAUGGAAAAUUGUUGUCAAUGUAAAAACCCUGUGUGAAAUUAAAGUUUACCGAUGUUUGA